UUAUCCUGGAAAAGUUUGUUUGAACUUCAGCUGACUGUCGUCAUACAGAAGAUAAACUCCUGUGCUGUUCUCUCUCAGGGCUCAUAUAAGUGUGGAGGCUGUAAACCUGGUUUCCUCGGGAACCAGACGUCAGGUUGCUUCCCCAGGAAGUCGUGUGCCGCGUUGACCUUUAACCCCUGUGACUCCAACGCCCACUGCGUCAUGGAGAGGAACGGCGAGGUCGCCUGCAUGUGUAACGUGGGUUGGGCCGGUAACGGUAACACAUGUGGAGUGGACACAGACAUCGACGGGUAUCCCGACCGCCCUCUGCCCUGCAUGGACAACGACAAACACUGUAAACAGGACAACUGUGUGUUUACGCCUAACUCCGGUCAGGAGGACGCCGACAACGACGGGAUCGGAGAUCAGUGUGACGAGGACGCAGACGGAGACGGCAUCAAGAACGUGGAGGAUAACUGCCGGUUGGUCCCUAACAAAGACCAGCAGAACUCAGACAGCGACUCGUUCGGAGACGCCUGUGAUAACUGUCCCAACGUCCCCAACAGCGACCAGAAGGACACGGACAGCAACGGACAGGGAGACGCCUGCGACCAGGACAUUGACGGAGACGGGAUUCCCAACGUUCUGGAUAACUGUCCAAAGGUGCCGAACCCGAUGCAGACAGACAGAGACCGAGACGGAGUGGGAGACGCCUGCGACAGCUGUCCUGAACUCAGCAACCCCAUGCAGACGGACGUCGACAACGACCUGGUGGGAGACGUUUGUGACACCAACGUGGACACGGACGGAGACGGCCACCAGGACAGCAGAGACAACUGUCCAGACAUCCCCAACAGCUCCCAGCUGGACUCCGACAACGACGGCCUCGGAGACGACUGUGACCACGACGACGACAACGACGGCAUCCUCGACGACUACGACAACUGCAGACUCAUCGUCAACCCCAACCAGAAAGACUCUGACGUGAACGGCGUUGGAGACGUCUGCGAGAACGACUUUGAUAACGACGCCGUGAUGGAUUUGAUUGAUGUGUGUCCAGAGAGCGCCGAGGUCACUCUGACGGACUUUAGAGCCUAUCAGACGGUCAUCCUGGACCCAGAGGGCGACGCCCAGAUCGACCCCAACUGGGUGGUCCUUAAUCAGGUGACCCUCUAA